UGGUGGUGCUUGUGGAGCAGUUAAGUUUCUGUCGGGGACGGACCGAGGUGAGCUGCCGGGCCGGAGGGCAAUACCCGACUCAAGCGGGUAGUUUAAUCGUUUUUUCGGGUUUCUUUUUCGUCUCAUUCGGUCGGUCACUUCUUCAACGUGGUGGGCUGGAGUUAUUUAUUUAUUUUUAAAACAUAGCCUUUUCGAGGCUAGCGGACUACGCUAAAGACGUUUUUUAUGGUGGUGAGUGGAAUACCUUCACUCAAGGUAGUUAAAAAGUGGACUUUUUGGGGAAAGGUUCCAAGUAGUGCUUGUUUAUUUUUCGACGAGCAAAUUUUACCGAGAAAAAAACCAAAACUAACUUGGCUAGCAUGUUGCACUGCGGUAGCCAUUGGCAGGAUUCCCCCUCGUCCAACGCUCGACCCGUCCGCCAGAAACUUCAUUUCACGGCGAGCGACGGCGAGGAUGACUCGGUCGAGGACGUCAACGAGUCGGGCUUCAACGAAUUGGACUCCCCGACAGCGAUGCGAACCAGCGACAGCGACACGAUACCGGGAGGCGGUGGCAAUGGGAGCCCCCAAAUGAGGCAGUCCGGGGACGAGAUGUGGUCGGAAGAGGGCUUUGACUCCCCGUCGCACUUGCUGUCCCCGAGGUCGGAGCUCUUCGCCGCCUGCACGCCGUCGCCUAGGAAAGCAUCCUGGUUGUAUGCCGGCUCACCGGAGCAGUCGUACGGCCGGGCCAGCGUGGACGGCUGCGGCUCGCCAAUCCCCACACGCCCCGACACACCUCCGCACAAAACUCUGAGAAAGCUGCGACUUUUUGACACGCCGCACACGCCAAAGAGCCUUCUGUCCCGCGUAGGGGUUUCCAGCGGGAAGGGCCCUCUAUUGAAGACAGCGGGAGCUGCGGAGAAGAUGUCAAAGUCUAUCACAGAUAGUGACAGUGGCAGAAGGCGGCACUCUCCUCUGGUCAACUUCAACCCCUUCACGCCUGACUCCUCGUUCAUCCAGUCAGCCACGCAGCAAAGGAACAACAGAAAGAGGCCACACUGGAACCUCUCCAGUGGUGAAGACAUGGAGGCAAACGAUAUCGAGAGUGAGGAUGAAAUCCUACCACCAUCCAAGAGGAUCACCAUGAUUGAGAGCAACAUGAUGUCACGCUACGCCUCUGAGUUCCUGGAGCUGGAGAAGAUUGGCUGCGGCCAGUUUGGCGCUGUGUACAAGUGUGUGAAGCGAUUGGACGGCUGCCUCUAUGCAAUCAAGUGCUCCAAGAAGCCCUUGGCCGGAUCAGUGGACGAGCAAAACGCUCUCCGCGAGGUGUACGCUCACGCUGUGUUAGGCCAGCACCGGCAUGUGGUGCGCUACUACUCUGCGUGGGCAGAGGAAGGCCACAUGCUGAUCCAGAACGAGUACUGCAACGGCGGCACGUUGUCAGACGUGAUGGCCGAUAACGCCCGGCGCCUCGCCCGCUUGUCAGAGCUAGAGCUCAAGGACCUGCUCCUGCAGGUGGCCCGUGGACUCAAGUACAUCCACUCCAUGUCGCUGGUGCACAUGGACAUCAAGCCCAGUAACAUCUUCAUAUCCCGCAAAUCUGUCAGCAGCUGUGACGAGGGUGACGACGAGGAUGGCCUCAACACCAGUGUGGUCUACAAAAUAGGCGAUCUUGGUCACGUGACGCGGGCCAACAAUCAUCAAGUGGAGGAAGGUGACAGCAGAUAUUUGGCCAAUGAAGUUCUUCAGGAGGACUGCAGCAAUCUGGCCAAGGCCGACAUUUUUGCCCUUGCCCUGACGGUGGUCAGCGCGGCGGGGGCCGAGCCGCUGCCUCGCAAUGGCGAUGCGUGGCACGAGAUCAGACGGGGGAAACUGCCCACUGUCCCCCAAGUUCUCUCUGCAGAGAUUCUCAGCCUCCUCCAGCUGAUGAUCGACCCGGACGCCACCCGUCGCCCUUCCGCCACCAACCUCAUCCGCCACCCGGUGCUGCUGACAGCGACCAAGACGAGCGCCGACCAGCUGAGAGUGGAGAACAAUGCCCUCAAGUGCAAGAAUGCCCUGUUGGAAAGGGAGCUGCAGAAGGCUCAGCUGGCCAGAGCCUCCGUUAGGGCGACGGGAAACGGCAGCAGCACCUCCAGGCUCAUUGGGAAGAUGAUGAGCCGAUCUGUCAGCCUCAACAUCUUCUGAACUCUUUUUGCUGUACAUAAGUUUAAAAAAAAAAAAGUUAAAUGUUCCUUCAAUCAACACUUUGCAUUCCUGAGCUUGUACAAAGUUAUUUAAUAAAAA